UGUCCCGCCCCGAGUCCAGCAGCGCUCGCGACCACCUCAGCGCGCCGUCCUCCCAGGCGCGGGCUCCGGCGGCACCCUGGGCGCGCUUCUCGGCCUGGUUGGAGUGCGUGUGCGUGGUCACCUUCGACUUGGAGCUGGGCCAGGCGCUGGAGUUGUCACCUCUUGAAAGGCGCCGCUCCCCUGGCAAAAGAAGCAAAGUCGAGUUUCCAAGACGUCCAGUGGGGAUGGAGGAGGGUGGUAUUCUUGAUCUCCCCCAGUGCGAUCUCGGAUACCCCCUCCCAACUGCCCUACAAAGUCGCACCUUGUGGCUCUCCCGCUUACGGUCCUUCAACACCUCUUUGUUCACUUAGAAUCAGAUCCGUACUUCUUGCGGGUCACACUCAAGCCACAGCAGUCACCUUUCUGUUCACCCGCUGCACCUAGCUCACCAGGCCUGGGGCGUUCCCGCUGCCUGCAAGGCUCCUCUCCACCCCCACUGGCAGCUUCUUUCCUCCGGGUGUAGCUGAAAAUGUGGUGGACGCAGGGAGGGAGGCCUUCCAAAGGCCUGUCAGGAGGGUCUUCUCUAUGCCCUGAGGGCCACAACACAGACCAGGUGAGCCGGCCGGUGCAGGGGAGGCUGGCAGGUAGACUUCCCACACUGUCAGAAAGAACUCCGUGAGCCUGGCAGGUAGCAUACUUGUGAACUUGUCAAGCUCUGAAAGGCCAUGAAGCUUGCAUCUCUGGGGCCUCUUGGCUCCUGGCACUGUGUCCAGCUCUCUGGAGAGCCCAUGCCACCACACCCAUCCUCACCAGGCAUGCAUUAUUGUGACAGCCUCACUUGAUGGAGUGAACUGAGCUCAGAGAGGUGAUUUACCCUACAGCACAGAGCCCACAUUCUUACUAUUGCCCAACUUGUUCCCCAUAAGAUCACAAGAGAAGAGAUUCUUCUAUUUCCUUAAGGCAUUCUCAUGUGUAAUUUCCUAAAACAAAACAAGUCAGAAGGCUAAUUCUAAGCAAGUAUUGUGAAAGGCUCUGUGUACUUGGGCUUCUGAGCCUUUACUGAGGCUGCACAGCUCAGGGAGAGAGUGUUGGGACCCAGGACCCCUCCAAAUCAUUGUGUUUGUGCAGGAAUUGGGCUCUGAAUCUAUUGGGCACUGUGGCCACAUGGCCCUCAUCAGGUUUGUGUUUUACAUUUCCUUCUGUCCCUGGAAAUCAUGGGGAAGAUCAAGGGUCAUCUCCUCUGAGCUCACAGGCUUUCAGGGGUACAUUCCAUAAGCUCACGUAUUCACCAGGUCAGCCUGGCUGAAUGCUGCAAAGGCCCUGGCCUCUGCUGUCUUCCUGGAGCUCACAGCCCACAGAGACUCCAUAGACAGCUGGAGCUCAGAGGAAGGGUUGAGGCAUGGCCAAAUCUCAGAAGGUAUGAAGGAGGCAGCUGGACAGGGAAGUAGGCCUGUUUCAGGUAGCCCCUCUUUCAAAAUUGCCAGAAAAAACAAAGGUAGGAAGCUGCCCAUUCAUUCAUUCAAUAAACCAGGUUCUGGGCAGCUGCUACUAGGCAGGCCCUGUGGUGCCAGUGCUGGACUUGGGGGCAUAAGGUUAAACGAGAAGAUAGGCCCUGCCCUCCUGGAGUUUCUAUUCUGUGCCAGAGACAGCGUGUAGGUGGUUCAGGACUGUGCAGAGGAUAUGUGGGGACAUCCCAUUUGGGCAGGGAGGGCUCAGACUUGAGACGGGGCAGGCAAGGUCAUGGGGAAAGGUAUGCAGAUCAGCUAAGGAAAGUGCCCGGCUCCACUGUCUCAGCUUGGGAGCUCACCCCUCAGUAUCUCACCUGCCAAGCCUGUGGAUUGAAUUUCAGCUGGAGGACCCCAAGAGCAUUUUCCCUACCAUGGUGUUCACACCCUCCCAGGCACAGCUUCCCACUGCACAGUCUCAGGACCCUUCACAAUCUUAAAAGUUAUCGAGAACUCCAAAGUGUUUUUUGUGGGGGUCAUAUCUAUCAAUGUUCAUUAUACUAUUAAAACUGAGGAUAUUUAAAAGUAUGUAUUAAUCCACUCUAAAACAGAAAAUGUUCUGUGUUGACAUAAAUGUUAACAUUUUCAUGAAAACAACCAUAUUUUCAAAAUUUAGUGAGCAGAGUGGCAUCAUUUGACACUUUUACAAACCUUUUGGAUGUCUGGCUGAGGAGGAGGUAGCUGGACCCUCACAUCAGCUCCUGCGGGCAUUCCCCUCAGUGGCCUCUGGCGCCAGCACCGCACAGGAAAGAGAAGACGGUGGGGGGACCGUGGCUCCAACCUCAUGGGGCCUGGGGCCCCUGGGUGCACUUGAAGUGUUGUGCUGAUGGGCCUUUUCAAGGCAAAGCUGGCGUGUCUCUUCCUCGGGGAGGACUGGGCAGCACCGGGCUGGCUGGGGCUCAGGUGGGAAGACCCAGCCCCUGUGGCUGGUGGCAACACAGCCCCUUCCCUGUCUCCCCCCUUGCUGAGGUGUGGCCCAGCGUGGUCCACUUCACCUUUGGUCCCUGCUCCCAAGAACGGGUGUGCCAGCUGUGGACAUGGGUUACUCCGUCAAGUGUCCUACUGGGUCCCUGGGCCUGAGUGUGGAGCUGGAGCCUGAGGUGACCUGCUCAGAACAGGUGCAGACACCUGGCCUCCGCACAGAGGGUUCAUGGUAGCCCUGCCCUCUCCUCAGCCCUCCCCCCCACAGACACGUGAGGGCGUGGCCUGCAUAGUCCUGCAGCCCCUGCCCCUCUCAGAGCUGUCCCAGGGCGCCUCUGUGGGUCCAGUUCCAGACAAAUACCCUUCGGCUCCCUUCCUUCUUAGCACUUCCUUCUUAUUACUUCCUUAACGGGCACCCCCUCGCAUGUCACCCACCUGUCCUACUUCACAGACGUGUCUUGGCACACUUCACAAAUACCAUGUUCUGCAGGGGUUUGCUCAUGCUGGGGUGCGGUCCCUGUGUUCAGGACACCUGGUGUACCACAGACGGGACAGAUGGACCCUCACAUCAGCUCCUGCGGGCAUUCCCCUCAGUGGCCUCUGGCGCCAGCACUGCACAGGAAAGAGAAGACGGUGGGGGGACCGUGGCUCCAACCUCAUGGGGCCUGGGGCCCCUGGGUGCACUUGAAGUGUUGUGCUGAUGGGCCUUUUCAAGGCAAAGCUGGCGUGUCUCUUCCUCGGGGAGGACUCGGCAGCACCGGGCUGGUGCUGCAGCCCCGAGCAACAGGACAAGAAGUUGCAUCACCCAACAGCACAAACCGGGUGCAGUGACACACUGUCUGGGUUCCAGGGCACACCCCAGAAGAAGCCUCAUUUCCACUGAAGCCCAAUUCCUCAGUGCAGGAGUUGGGUGGAUGGAGCAAGGGGGGACCCACGUGUGCAGGCACUUGGCUCCUGGCCUCCAAAGGCUCCAGCACUGCCGCUCCUGGGAGAGCACAGGCCAGGGCAAAGUGAAGCCGUGAGCACCAAGUCCCUGGGGCACCUCGGGAGCUUUGGGGGCUCCCUGCCUUUAUGGUGUCAUACAAGCAAACCCGCUCUGGCCAGGCAUCUGCACCUCGGCCUGUGGCCUCCAGAGCAGGGCCUGCCUCCUGCGUCAGUCAGGGCCUGGGGUGCCAAGCCUGUGCUUUCACUGGCUCUCCACUCCCAGAGGAUGUAGGGCUCAUCCAGCUGGUCACCCUCACUGGAUACCACCAACUCAGAGCCCUCUUCGGGGCUCAUGCUACAGCUGGUGUACCCAAGUGACUUCCGGCUCACAGACAAAGAGAAAAGCAGCAUCUGCUACCUGUCCUUUCCUGACUCCCAUUCAGGCUGCCUUGGGGACACUCAGUUCAGCUUCCGCAUCCGUCAGUGUGGAGGGCAGAGGGGCCCCUGGCACGCCAGUGACAGAUGCUAUGACAGGGGGGCCCCCGCAUCACUGCAGAAGGAGCUGGCACACUACUUUGGCUACGUGUACUUCAGGCAGGUGAAGGACGGCUCCGUGAAGAGGGGCUACUUCCAGAAGUCUCUGGUGCUGGUGUCCCGCCUGCCCUUUGUACGGCUGUUCCAGACGCUACUGAGCCUGAUCGCCCCCGAGUACUUUGACAAGCUGGCUCCCUGCCUGGAAGCAGUAUGCAGUGAGAUUGACCAGUGGCCAGCCCCUAUGCCUGGGCAGACCCUGAGCCUGCCUGUGAUGGGAGUCAUCCUCCAGGUAUGCAUCCCAUCCAGGGAGGACAAACCUGAAUGCAGCCCUCUGAAGCAGUGCAGCCACGAGCACCUGCUGCCAGCCCCAGUGAUCCUCACUAGUGUCCACGAGCUGGACCUGUUCAGGUGCUUCCAGCCUGUGCUGACGCACGUGCAGAUGCUGUGGGAGCUCAUGCUCCUUGGAGAGCCCCUGGUGGUCCUGGCGCCCUCGCCGGCCGCCUCCUCGGAGAUGGUGCUGGCCUUGACUAGCUGCCUGCAGCCCCUCAGGUUCUGCUGUGACUACCGCCCCUACUUCACCAUCCAUGACAGCGAGUUCAAGGAAUUCUCAACGCGCACACAGGCCCCACCAAACGUGGUCCUGGGAGUCACGAACCCUUUCUUUAUCAAAACACUCCAGCAUUGGCCCCACAUCCUCCGUGUCGGGGAGCCCAUGAUGUCAGGGGACCUUCCUAAGCAGGUUAAGCUGAAAAAGCCUUCGAGGCUGAAGACUCUGGACACCAAACCAGGCCUCUACACCGCCUACACGGCUCACCUCCAUCGGGACAAGGCGCUGCUCAAGCGGCUGCUCAAGGGCCUGCAGAAGAAGCGGCCCUGGGAUGCGCAGGCUGCCCUGCUGAGGCGGCGCCUCCUGGAGCUCACACAGAGCUUCCUCCUCCCGCUGGAGCAGUACAUGGCCAGCCUCAUGCCCCUGCAGAAGAGCAUCACACCCUGGAAGGCUCCUCCCCAGGUCCGCCCCUUCUGCCGGGAUGAUUUCCUGCACAGCCUGGAGCACAGAGGGUCCCAGCUCACCUGCACCCUCAAGGGGGAUUGGCUGGGCCUCUACAGGCGGUUUCUCCAGUCCCCCCAUUUUGAUGGCUGGUACCGGCAGCAGCACAGAGAGAUGGCCCAUAAACUGGAAGCCUUGCACCUUGAGGCCAUCUGUGAGGCGCAGAACAUUGAAACCUGGAUGAAGGACAAAUCUGAGGUGGAGGUCGUGGACCUGGUCCUGAAACUUCAGGAGAAGCUGGUGCGAGCACAGGGCCACCAGCUCCCCGUGAAGGAGGCAACACUGCAGCGGGCACGGCUGUCCAUCAAGAUGGUCAUCAGCUCCCUGCCCAAGGACCUGCAGGCCAUCCUGGGCUCUCCCUAAGUCUGGGUCAUGGGGCUUGGUACAGGGGCCUAGCUGCCCCUGGGGGCUGGGUAAGGCUGAGCUUCCUUGACCUCAGUGAGGGUUAGCCCCACCCAAGCUCCCUGCCGCUCCUGUUCCUGGCCCCGCCUGGUGCUACAAUUGUUGCAGCAGUAAAGGUUGCGUUUGGAACCACA